AUGGCGGCGGCGGAGGCGACGCGACAACAAGAUGGCGGCUUCCUCCUUCCUUCCUCUCUCAAGUCAGCCUCUGAGGGUCCAGAAUUGCGUGACAAGGUGGCUAGCAAGGAGGAGAGGCAAACAGAAGAACCAGGCAGACCCACGCAGGAGGAAAAACCUCGACUCGAUUUGCUGAGUCCUGAUUGGGUGCCAACACUAACCCCCGAGAGCUCCCUCAGCUCACUAGACAGUUUGUGGGACUCCUUAAAUGAGGUGGAGGAACCCCAUGACUGCUCUCCUGAAAGAAACAAAGAAAAGACAAAACAUGUAGGGCAAUCAGAGGAGGACCACCAGUGCUCUCUGCCCCCCGGCCCAGAGGAGGAAGCGGGGGACCUCAUUGUGGCCGCGGGAGAAGGAAAGCAGUUAGAUGACUACAAUACGUCGGACUAUGCGGACCAACUCUUCAAUUACACUGACUACAUGUGCCCCACGGUGGACGACAACACCACCCAUCAAUUAAGGGCAUUCCUGGUCCCUUUCGUGUACCUGCUGAUCUUCUUGCUGGGGGGUGUCGGGAACCUGAUGGUGAUCGUGAUCCUGUGGUGCUACCGACGCUCCCGCAGCUCCACUGAGCUCUUCCUCUUCCACCUGGCCUUGGCGAACCUUUUGCUCGUGUUCACUUUCCCCUUUGGGGUGGUCCAGAACUUAGCUGGUUGGAUCUUUGGACCUAUCCUCUGCAAGGUGCUCAGCGCCACCAACAGGAUCAACUUCUACAGCAGCAGCCUACUGCUGGGCUGCAUCAGCGUGGAGCGCUACCUGGCCGUGGUCCAUGCGCUGUGGGCCUUCCAGAAGCAGCGAGCCAUCUCCGUCCACCUGACGUGCCUGGCAGUUUGGGUCGUCUCCCUGCUGCUGACGUUGCCUGAUCUGCUUUUCACAGAAGUCUGGCCGAGCAGGGAUAACCAGCCCAGCAUCUGCCACUUCAAAGAAUACGGCAAACACGGCAUCAAUGCGUGGCUGGCCACACGCUUCCUGUAUCACAUCGUGGGCUUCUUCCUGCCCUCGCUGGUCAUGUGCUUCUGCUACAUAGCCAUUGUCAGGGUCCUGUGCCGCUCCCAGCGGCUGAAGCGGCAGAAAGUGGUUAGAGUAGCCAUUUUGGUCACCAGCGUCUUCUUGUUCUGCUGGACUCCGUACCACGUGGUGAUCUUCCUGGACACCCUCAACAAGCUGGCUACCGCCGAUAACGGGUGUACGGUUGAGCUGAGCACAGCCAUUGUGCUGAGCGAGAUGGUUGCCUUCAGCCACUGCUGCCUCAACCCCAUCCUCUACGCUUUCGUGGGCAUCCGGUUCCGUCACGACGCUUGCCGGCUUCUGAACAGCCUGGGCUGCCUGAGCCAGAGCACCCUGCAGGACAUGCUGGGCACAUGCAGGAUGGAGAGCAGCACCGCGGAGACAAACAUAUCACUCGUCAACCGCCACCCUUCCUCCUCACCUUCCACAAAUCCCCUAAGCACAUUCACAGGCUCUCCUUCUUCCUCCUCUUGUCCCCAAGCCCCAGCUGACCAAAGGGCUCAGGGGGGAGAGUCUGGGGCUCAGCUUAGGCCAAGUCAGAGGCUAGCCCAGCAAGUAUCGACAGACCAAAGACUGGACAAGCAGAACCUCGCUUAGUAAGCCAGGCACCACCCUCCUGAAAUCCUGUGUGUGAUGAAUGUGCACUC